AUAUUUUUGUGCACAUCAUCCGAAAUCCUUGUAACUGAUUCCCCAAAUUGGGCAUUUACGGUAUAAUCAAAGUUAAUUAUAUCAGAAAUCACGCUGACAAUUAAAUUGCAUUCACCCAACAAAUCCGCUCUUUAUUUUUCCUGUCGUUUAGGACAAUUUAAUUGGCGCAUUUCCGAGCCGAUAAAAAGCGCCGGGGUAAAUAGAAUCGUUCGUUUGAAUCGCGAAUUCGCAAUGUUCAGGAUCAGCGCGGUCGCGAUUUUGAUGUCUGUGGCUCUGAAAGACUGCAUUUCCGAGACGAAAUUGAAAGAUGUGCUUUGGAACAGCGGCAAGUCGAAUUACAACAGGAGCAACAACGAGGAUGACGAGAACGUGCUGAAAUCCGAAGUGAAGAACGUCUUGAAACUCUGCUCGUCUAAGUACAAAAACGAUGAUAACGAGGGUAAUAACGACGAUAACAGAUAUCACGGUAAUGGACAGGCCAGUGAAACUUACAGAAGGAUCACUCAAAACGGUAAUUAUUACAAAAAUUUCGGGUACUACGAUUACGACAACCAGCAGGAUAAAAACUCGAGAAACAAGCAUAAUUCCAAUAACGAUAAUUAUAAUACAAGAAACGACGGUAACACCAACAACGAUAAUAACAGUAAUAAUAACAAUAACAAUGGAUACAGGAAUAGAAACAAUAACUACAACAGCGGAUCUUACGGCAGCAGCAGCAACAAUAACGAAGAUCCCUACAGCUCAUACGGUAGCAGCAACAGCUACAGCAGUAACAAUAGAAAUAAUAACAAUUACGAUCAGCAACAUAACGGAAUGGUAACAAUAACGUGUAAAUGUCCGCCGUGCUCCUCUUACCAAUCGCGUUUUGAUAGUUACAGCAACAGCAACGACCGGAGCAGGAACGGAAACAGUUACGAUAACCGCGGUAACGGGUACGGUACGAGAUCUGCCGCUGGUUAUAACGGCGAGAGUUCCAACGGGUACGGUAGCGGAUACGGGACGGACAGGACUCGGUCUGCUCAGCAGGAAAAUUCGUUCGGUUACAAUAACCGAGGGCGAAAUGAUGGUUACGAUGGUUAUUAUAACGUUGGCAUGAGUUAUGCAAGAAGGACGAAAAGGGAGAAAAAUAAUAACGAAUACGGCAGCAACAGGGAUGAUUUCGAGUGUACCAGCCAGUGCGUGUUCGGACAAAUGGAGUUGCUGGACGAUGACCAAACGCCAUCGGAAACGUUGGUUAUCAAAUGGAUACAAGAUCACAUACCUAACGACGAUAUGAAAAGGAUCAGGAGUUUGCGGGAAGUGAGAAAAUGCUUCACCAGAAUGUCCACGACAUCUAUCGAUGACAACUGCGACUAUUCCAAUGAAUUAGCGAAAUGUUUAAAUUUGGAGUUUGAUUAAAUCCAACAAGUUCUAAGAGGUUUUAAUGAAUCUAUUCAUCUUUUUAGUGGUUACCCAUUAUGUGAUAUUCUAGGAAUAAAAAUGUAGUACAAUAAAAUACCAAG